UUGUGCGCAUGCGCAGUGGAGGAGAGUAGCAGCCAGCCUCUUGCCGCGCGUUCUAUUUACGAUUUCCGCACGAAUCCCGAACAGCAAGCGGGCGCUCCGGCACCCCCGAACUUGCAAAGGACUUAAAAAUGGAUCCCGAAAUGUUUCUCGAUGUCGCCAACCAGGUGACAAAGCUCAAAAUGUACCCGUACUUCGACAUUGCCCACUGUGUAAUCACCUGCCUGUACCUGCGCGAGGACUUGGGAGCCGGCUCCCAGCUUUUUUCAAGGAAGCAUCCAAUGUCCUGCUGGAUAUCAAGCAUGCUUUCUAUUUUCGCUGGAGGGUUCCUGUCCGCAUUUCUGCUGGGUGAGCCUGUCCUGGGGGCAGUCAAGAACAACCAGCAGAUACUGCUUGCUACUGCAGUAUGGUAUGCCAUCUUUUACUCGCCUUUUGACAUUGUCUACAAGAUCUGCAAGUUCUUCCCUUGCAAGCUUGUGAUUGCACUGAUGAAGGAGGUCACGCGGUGCAAGAAAGUCCACGACGGAGUCAUGCAUGCCGCAAAGGUGUACCCCAACAGCUACCUCAUCAUGAUCGUCAUCGGCGUUGUCAAAGGUAACGGGUCAUCAUUUCUCAAAGUCUUCGAGCGUCUACUCCGAGGCUUCUGGACUCCAGGAGCCAUGGAGAUCAUGCAGCCUAGCUUCCCUACCAAAGCAUGCCUGGUGGCCUCAGUGAUCUUUGUCCUGGACAAGAAAACAGAGUUCAUCUCGGCACCGCACGCGCUCGUCUAUCUGGGCAUUGUGGUGUUCCUGCUCUACUUCAAGCUGUCCGCCAUGCUUCUGGGCAUCCACGACCCAUUUCUGCCAUUUGAGAACCUCUUCUGCGCCGUCUUUCUGGGCGGCGUGUGGGACGCCCUGGGAAGGGCACUCACUUCCAGCCGAGGCGGCGAGGGCAAGACGGACGCUGCCAAGAACGGAAAGUCCGAAGCCACCAAGAAGAAGGACUGACGUUGCGGCCUUCUACCUGUCCCGUGCGUUGUCUUCACUGCAAUGUCACCGUUUCCUCCCUCCUUUUUUCUUUUUUUUUUAAACAUUUCCUUCAGGGCCACACCAGCGACAAAACAAGGUUGCGUGUGUGUGUCCAAACGGUGUCUACUGCUGCGUUAACGAGUAUUCUCCGCUGCCAAGCAGUGGACUCUUAUGGAAGAUAAAGGAGCUUGGAGAGAUUCGUUGUCAAGGAAGGGUUGCGAGAGUGCGUGCCUUGUCUCCGUGUUUGUUGGGUUCAUUCUGUUGCCGUCCCCUUCUGUGAUUGUUGAAUGCCCAUCCACUUGCCCAUUCGGACAAACUUAAACCCCAUUUUAUGUUAUACGAAAAGCAAGCGACGUCCGAACAUUUCGCAUUUUGAAACCAGUGCCGCCGCUUGAAGGACAUGUUGCUUAGGUGGGGCAAAGGUGGUGGUUUUUGGUGCUGUCGCAACGCAGUAUCCCUGCAGCUUUUAUUUUAACCAUUUUUCUAUCGCUCUUAUUGACUCUUAGUUGAACAUGCUCUAGGCUAGUCUGUAAUAAAUGACCACAUCCUAUAUAUGCUACUUAAUCGGCAUUUACUCAAGUAGGCUUUCCUCGACUGUCAAAACCCGCAAAAACUGCACUUUCGGUUACCUAUCGCGCAUCUGGGGUUCUUCUGUUACACUUUUCAAACUGCAUUUUACAUGCAGUGAUGCAGAAGGAGGUAUUUUGUUACCCACUGUCCUGAAGCUGGAAAUCAUUUCUCGAUUGUUGAAACUUGCAACCACUGCAUCUCUUAUUUUGUUUGGGUGUCUCUGUUACACUUUUUAUGUUGCAUUUUAUGUGCAAUGCUGCACAAGAGAAUUGUUUCUGACUUUCUUGAUAUUCUAGUAGUAUGCCUUCUUAAGCCAUAUACUUCAUCUCCUUUCCCAUUGACAAUGUGGGUCAGCCUGCUAGGGCUUAAUAUACAACUUAUAGCGCAUUGCAGGGAAACCAAUGUUCCUGCUCAUUUAUGAAAUGAACCACAUUUAUAAGUAUGUACUUGCAUUAUAGAUUAAUGAAAAUGUACUGUACUGUCCACGCAUGAUGUGUAUAUGGUGUAACAUACGUGGCGCUGUGCAGUGAACACAAUGUUUAAUACUUUGCUGUUAACGCAUGAUAUACUGGUUUUGUGCUGCUAUAUGCUACGGACUAGGCACCUUUUGGGAUGCAUAUUCACAUACGGUACGUGCACCCUUUGAGCUGUCAGGUGGAUGGAAUGCGGUGCCAAUUUGAUGGGUGUUUUCUAGAGUGACGCGACUUGAAUGGAACGAUGAAGUAGCUAGGAAAGUGCCAAAAACUGUAUCCUGAUGGUUAGUGAGAAGGGCCAUUGACUGGUGGUUGAGCCCCAUCACGCUAAGGUAUCGUGGUAAUAGCUAUGGCAUUGUACCUGUGAGCAGGUGGGCAUGUGUUUAAAUGAACCCGUGGGUUCAAAUAAAAAUAUGACUAAAUGCAGGCCAUACAGUAUAGACUUGGGCUGCAAAGAGUCAAUUGAUUGGUGGGCCACUCAUAUUUGGUUGGCAGAGACCACCGAUAAGGUGUAGAGUACGUACAUUUACUGGCCACUCUUGCCACAGUUAAAAAAUUUGAAGUCAACUGCCACUCCUCAUGGGGACAAGGGUGCUCAUUUAUACAGCAAUGUUGGGAUUUCACAGGCUAUGAAUUUAAUUUGAAAGCAGUAUAUCUGCAGUGUUGACAAGGCUGCCCCUUAAAAGAGCCUGGUUUUCUGCCGGCACUGCGGCCGCAAUAACGAUUUUUCAACUUUUACAAAACGGUGCUGCAGAACUUACUCGGAAGCAUUCGCAAGCUCGGCUCCAUCCAUUUUUAAGUCCUUUGAAAAUGUCAGCAACCACACGAAGUGCCGGCGCCGAGAUGAACAAAAAAAUAGAGCAGAGCUAUGCGAAAGCUUUGCAGUGAGAAUCGCUCAUGUAACUGCUCAGCCAUACAAUGAGCAAACUACAGUCUGCUUAACUGAAGGCAUAUAAAAUGAUGUGUCCUAUUGCGACGGUGAUGACAAUAAUGUUUCACGUAAAACAUUAUGAAAGUUGUACACAUGAAGUGUGCGAGGAGGCUCUAAAACUAGCUGACAGUACGACAGCUCUGAAAUAUUUUUUCCUAAACCAUCUAUGGCUGAGCGUAGUGUCAUGCAAGCCAAGUGUAUUUAACUUGGAGAGAAUAACACUGUACAUUUGCAGAACAGUGUUAACAUAGAUUUCCAAAUUUGAAGCCUUUAAUGGCUAGAAGUGUGCAGUGUUAUUUUAUACAUGGCCAUCAGGUCUACAGACAUGCACAUUCAUUCAGCAAGGUUUCCUUUAACGUCAUGAUGUCCGAUCAGUGCAUAGAUUCUAAACGAGUAUUAUAGGGCAAAAUGUGCAAUACCUUCACACACUGGAUCUGUGGUAGAGAUGUUAGCAUUGCACGAUCCUCGUGCAUGAAAAAUGUGUACUGUUACUAUUACAACUUCAAGAUAAGUUGUACUUGUGGUUGUUCAUGUGUACUUGCAAAACCAUGAAGUAGCACUGCUUCUGAAUGACAUUGCGCCAUUUGAAAUUUUUAUCUGAUACGAAGUCAUUAAGCUCUUGGCAAACCAUCUCUUCCACACUGUGUCUACCUUAGCGCGGAAAAAAAAUUGAGUGAAUUGUAGCUCAGCUAAAUGCAACAGGCUUCCAUAUUAUUGACUGUUCACUUGUGCUGUGAUAGGUCCAUGUACCGCACGCAUGAAAUGGGGUGAACACCAAGUGCUGUGCUUAAGGUGUUCCUAUGACAAAGAUGUCGCUAGUCCUUUUACCCUGCCCCUUGUUAUCCUAAAAUGUGUUUCAAACGAGGGACUGUUUUUGUUUACCGAUCACUUUUCACUGUUGCAGGCUUUGAGAAAGCCAACAAGAUGAAUAAAGACUUUCACCUUCCUA